AUGAGGGCCGGAUUAGUAGUUGGGUCGGUGACGACCAGCGAAUACCCGGUGUUGUAUGUUUUUGAUCUUUUUGUGAAGCUAUCGUGGUCCACUUACGGGCGGUCGUGGUGGGGAACGCUACCGCUGGGCCUCGAUGAAGUCAACCCGAGAAAAAGCCCAAGGAAUAAGGUUAGUCUUCGUUAA